ACUACAUAUCCCAUAAUCCCACAUCUUCAAGUCACAUGAGAAGCAGCAAGGAGCAGAUGGUACAGAGUCAUGUGAUGUUGUCAGCCGGGAUUGAAUCUGUGAGGUUGCGUCUGAUGUGAGUGCUAAGGCGAAUUGCUAUCUCUCUGGAAACGAUUAAUCCCAUUUUGCUGCUCAAGAAAACAUCCAAGCCAGAAUGUCUUAUGGAUCCAUUGAUGCGGGUUCAUUUGGAAGCAGAAAUCCUUUCGGUGGGCCCACAAGGCAGGGCUACCAGCCAGUAGCAACACAGGUUAGCCCAUCAGAGCUGCAAGAUGUUUUCCAGGAAACCUCCUCUAAUAUCUUUCAAAUCAAUGCUAACGUUGUAACCUUAGAGAAGAACCUUCAGUCAUUGGGGACGUCAAGAGACACAGCAGAGCUUCGACAGAGUUUACAUUCAACACAACAACAAACCAAUAAAGUCAUCACAAGCACAAGUCAACUUGUUAAACAACUUAGUGACAUCAUCAGCGGAUCUUCACGGCAAGACAGGCUUCGUCUGACGAGACUCAAAAACGAGCUGUCAGAUUCUGUGCAGCGAUAUGGAGACCUGCAGAAGAAAAUUGCAGAUCGUUCAAGGGCCUUGCUUCCUGCAGCACAAAAGGACAGGAAGCAGAGUGUAAAGACACCUUUCAUCGAACUGGAUGAUGGGGGGCCUUUGUUCGAGGUGGACGAAAAUGUGGAGAGUGAUGGCCAAGCUUUCCUGUCAGAGAUCAGCGAGGAAGACGUGGAGAUCCUGAGGCAAAGAGAAGAAGCAAUUCUUCAGAUUGAGAGAGACAUGCUGGACGUUAAUCAGAUUAUGAAGGACUUGGCCAGCAUGGUGCAUGAACAAGGAGACACUAUAGACAGUAUUGAAGAUUACAUUCAGACAACCUCAUCGCAUGUGGAAACGGCCAAUCAGGAGCUUGCAAAAGCCAGUCAUUAUCAGAGGCAGCUGAGAAAGAGGAAAUGCUAUCUGUUAAUCGGUGGAGCGCUGCUUCUAACUCUGCUUAUUAUCAUUAUUGCAGUCUCAACCAGAAAAUGAGAGCAAGUGCCCAGAGAUCUGUGUUCCCAUCCGCUUGAUCUCUCCGGCUUCACACAGUAAAGCGAGUCCACACUAAGAGGUUUCCACCUGCACUCUCUUCCUAUCCUCUUCUUAUUUCUGUCUGUAGUUCUGUUAGACUGUGUGUGCUUUGUCUCUGUAUGCAUGUAUGGAAAUGUGUGUGUGUGAAUGUCUAUU